AUGAGUGAAAAAAAGCCUCUGCCUCAACCGCCGUUUGAAGAAAACACAUGUAAUUAUACUAAAGAGGAUGUUAGACUCGGUAAGAAAACAAAGCGCGAUGGCGAUGACGCUGAUGAUGAAUUCGAAUUCUUUCACGAAUUUCAGAGAGAAAAGGUGAGAUCAUUAAUUCAUUUGAUUACCAACGAACUGAAAUUGAAUGGUUUUGAAACAGAAUAUCUGUUUCUGCCAUUUAGACCUGAGCAAACUAAUGAAAAGCUUUUAUCCUUCUUGAACUCAAUCUUUCCGUUAGGUAAUGGCCAACCCGUAGCGGAUGAAAAGAUACAAAAAAUAUUAAACAGGACAGAAGUCUGGACUUUGUUUCAAGCUCUAAAAUAUAUAUGGUGUCGAUUGCCGAACGGAGAAAUAAUCGGAUGGGCAGCAUACAAUGAAUUUAAAACGAAGGAGGCUGAACAGAAUUAUUCUCAAAAAUCUUUUCUUGAGAUUAUGCCAAAAUGUUUAGAUUCGCCUAACCAUGCAUCAAUAGUAUAUGACUUUUUUGAUUUAAUAGUCACUAUGGCAUCUAACUCGAAAAAGAAUAAAAUGAGCGCUAGAAAGAUAUCAAAGAUGUGUGCAGUAUGGGCAUUCCAAAUGGAUCAAGAUACCGCUACUAAUAUGAUUUUUGAUGCCAGACGGGCAGACACUAAUGAUUAUAAACAAGGUUUGAGCCAAUGGAUUCCGGCAGCUGAGGCUAUGUUUCAUUUGUUAUUGGCUUUCAUAAGAUCAUUCGUACCAACGGAUUCUACAAAGGUAAAAUUACCGAAAAGUUUAAGAAACAUUCUAUUCGACAAUGCUUAUCCUCCUAAGAAUUCUGACACAUUUACCUCUGAAACUAUCCUUACUGUUCCUAUUGUAACUCUCAUGACCACAAAGUUUACUAGGAAACCGUGGCAAUUGAUUGAACGUUGCAAUGAGCUCAUGGAUUUUGAUGAACCAGAAAAGUUCGAAACUCGAGAAGACUUCGCCUUAUUGAAGUCGCUGUUCAAGAAGAAAAAGAACAUUGAGGGGAUAAGCAGUAAGAUGUCAAAAGAAUCAAAACGGUUGAUGAAAUGCAUGUCUACUAAGCAUUCUACUUUCCAAGCUGGUUGGAGUAAAGGAAGGAAUCUGCCCUCCUCAAAUCCCGAUUUGAUAGAAGAGUCAAUUAGUAUCAGUCGUGUUGAUAUAGAUGAUUAUUUUAUUUGGGCCUGGCUUUCGACUCUAUCUUACGAACAAACUUCACAAAAGCGUAAGAUGUUCGGUAGGUCAUUGAUCUUGGAGUUCGAAUUUGAUGGAUUCAAAAAGUGGUUGAUCUUGGAGGAAUGUGAUGCAGUAUUUGAAAGCAAAGCUUAUAACUGCGUUGAUAGAACAGAUUACAUCAAUACGGCUGUAUCCGACACUCCGAAGGACGAAUUUUUGCAACAAACUACUAAAGGUGAAGCAAAGGAGACUAGUAGAGUUCCCAAGGAUUCUGCGGAACCUGUGCAGAUGUCAAGUCAAUCCCCAACACCAUCUUCUGUUCCGUCAUUAGACAAAACGAUGCUGCCAGAGAAAGAAAUUAGAACGAAGCCGUUGCCUGUUCCUGGUCUAAUAGAUAAUGUAGUAUCAAAAACUGACCAAACUUCUGUAAGAAGACCUUCUCCUCUACGCACUCAGGCUUCAGUUCCGAGAGCGGGUGAUUCUGAAAACCCUCUGAAUCAUGAAAUAUCCCCUUCGCAUGAUAAAAUAGCUUCAGUCCAACCCAGAAUUAGUAAAAGCCCUCAGCUCAUUAACAAACCUUUCAUUGAAGAUACUACAUUUGCAGAACGGAGAACGGAAUCACCUCGCCCUUCUGCGUCCCCACAAUUGGAUUAUCAAAAACAACAGCAUAGACAACAACAGCAUAGACAACAACAGGAUCCUUCUCCAGAGCAAGUACUGCAGACAGAACAAAAGCAUGUUCCUCUUUUCACCAGUCCUUACAGGAAAUCACCCUCCGAAAAAGCAGGUUCGCUUUCCAACUAUGGUCAUUAUGAACCACAAUAUAGGAAGCUGUCCCCCUCCCCCACUCCGCUUGCGCGGAGCCAAGCACAAGAUGCAUCGGAGUGCGUUAGACUAUCAUCAUCCACAUACGAUGAGCUCACUAUCAGAGGGCUUCCCGUCCAUACUGACAGAGAAAAGUCCAGUGUAACACCCGACUCUGUGGUCAAAAAUUAUUCCAUCGAUGACACUUUACCCGUCGACUCUCAAGAGCGUAUAGAAGUAGAGCAGCAAGUUUCUGCAAAAGGACUCGGGCUCGAUGAAACUGACUCCAAGAAUAGGAUUUCGGACCUAGCUAAUUUAGUUGAUGACAUGACUUUGGAAAUGAUUACUGCUGAUCCAGGUGAUGCUGUUAAGGAUUUGGAUGCAAGUCUUAGAACCAGUGACGAAAAGUUUGAAACACUAACGAUGUUUGACAAAUAUAAAUCCCGAGCACAGCAUAAUCAGAGGCCAGAAGACCCUCUGAAUGACAGUCAAAUCAGUAUCGUCACUCCUCUCGAUAUCUCAACAAAUUCCAUGAUUCCAACUGAAGCAAAUGAUGAUGUAACGACCAUCCCAUCUGAAUCCAAAAUAAGGGGAAAAGAUCUACCUGUGGUUCCUUUGGUCGUUACGGAAAACACCACAAGUAAUGCAUCCAGUGAAGAACUUCCGAAACAGACUCCAACUCCACGGAUGCAGCCAAUGAUUGCUCAGUCGGCCUUACCAACAUCUACAAGGGAACAACGGAUGACAGGGUCACCUUCUACUCCUCCUAUACGGCAGUCAGACAACCCUUAUCAGAGAACUUAUCCACCGGCAGCUCGUCAACCUUUGAUAAAUGAAGGUUCUGAAACUAACGUCAAGUCAUCCCAAAAUCACCAAAGAGGUGCGUUACCAGCCAAUUACGAAAGCCAGGUACGAACUCUAGCUCCUCAAACUAGCUCAGGUAGUGCCUUGCCAGUUAUAGCACGCCUCGAUCCUUCCCCUGAAAGAUAUCAAAGUCAAGGAACACCAGAGAGGUAUCAGCAAAAUUACGCUGAGAACUAUUCCAACACUGUGGAAUCUGGACCUAACUACUCAUUAAAACAAUACACUCCGCCGGAAGCUGAUCAGCAGUUUAAGCAGCACCAGCUACCGCCAACACAACCAGGGGGCCAUCCUUCAGAACAUGGUAGAACCCACUUUAAAGCACAAUACCCCCAAAGCCAGCCAAAUCACCAACAUCCGUAUCAAAACGCUAAUUACAACGGACCUGCUUAUAAUUCUUCAGCUGGUUUCAAUCCACCAAACGUACAACAAGCUACUUAUGAGACAAUUGCUGAAUCUGGCGAUUUUUCGUCUGUGUCUCAGCGCGAACAAUAUCGUAGAGAAGGCGAACCAAGGAUCCCACAAAGUUUGCCUCAUCUAGAGGUUGAGGGACAGAAUUCUUUCUCAAAUGCUCGUGCCCCUUUUUCCCCCCACUCAAACUCUAAUAUGAAUCCUCAUAUGAGUGCACCAAUUGAUGAAACACCUACUCCCCUUGGUGUGAAUGAUAGAGAGAUGCGGGGAAGAAUACCAAGACAUUUAGCUCAACCAAACUUAUAUUCUCGUCAACAUGGAGCACCAAGACAAGUGUCUCCAGAUUAUGAUGCGAGAACCAUGCACCCGGGAACCAUGCACCCGGGACCAAAUGCACAUAUUCCUCAAGGUACAUCCUAUGGUAUGCAUCAACAUAUGCCACAAGGCAAGGUUCCUGUACGGGGACCGCCUAAUGGUAUGUUACAAGGUACUGUUAAUCCUCAGUAUGGUGUGGGAUAUGGACCUCAACGAUAUGCCCCAAGUUCGGCAGUUCCACCACCACAGACUUACUCUUCACCACCACCGCCUAUGCAGCCGCAACAAUUUCGUCCCCCUGUCAACGGCGGUAGGUACAAUCAGCAUCAGUCCCCAGUUCCACCCCAGCCAGGAUUUAUACCUCAAGGACCGGUGACAAAUAAGCUACAUAGUGGCAAUAUGGAUAAACAAACGAAUAGGAAGAAGUUAUACGAAGACAUAAGAAGUGGUAAUUUUGGUAUUUAA